AUGUCAGCCUCAGCAGUAGUAGACAAGAAUCAAAUGAAAUUGUCGCAAAUACGAGAACUAACACAAACGUAUAAGAGCAACAAACUAGAAAUUUUAAGCAUUAUAAAUAGUGAUUUUGAUAUCAAUUUUGCUGUACCAGUUAACAAUCGUCUUCAGUAUAAUAAAACUGAGUCGGCCUUAUUUGGCUUCACUGCUCUACAUUUUGUGGUUAACAGCAAUUAUAGAAAUUCUUGUGCUGCUAAAAGUCCAGCGAUUGCAAGAUUUUAUUUGAAAGCUGGAGUUUCAGUUAAUGAAGCUAUUCAUAAAACUUCGGAUAUUCUUCCUGGGUACUCACCUUUACACAUUGCAAUCAGAAAUAAGGACAAGGCUAUGGUUCACUUGCUUUUGGAACAUGGGGCAGAUUACAAUUGUUUAAAUGCUGAUGGAAUGAGCCCAUUACAGUUACUUAAUCACAAGCAUUGGGGCAGUGAGUUAGGUAGAACGCAAAAAGUACAAUUUCAAAGCGAAGCAUUAAAAAAUUAUUCUAUACUUGAUUUUGUAUUGCAACUCCGUACAAACAAUUUCAAUCCUCUUGAUCGUAUAGGCUUAACAACGUUGCAUAUGCACUGUAUAAGACGUUUCAAUUCUGACACCUUUGAUGAAAUAGAGGAAUAUUUUAUGGAUAAUGUAGAUGUCAAUGCCACUACUAGAUUAGAUUCACCUGUAUGGGCUGGUUACAGUGCAUUACACUUUGCUGCUCACUGUAGUAAGCAAAUGGUGAUAUUGCUUUUAAUAAAUGGAGGUAACCUUUUUGCUAAAAAUGCCAAUGGCACUUCUCCACUAGACUUGUGUCUCAAGAAUUUUAAGCUCACUUGGAUAAGCUAUAUUUUAAAAACUGAUAGUACCAUAAAUUCUUUUCGACUAUACGACGCUAUUUUACUUAAAUCAUUACCAGCAUUGCAAACAACUGAAACAUUAAGUGAAUAUUUAAACAAAGUCAAUGUGAAUACUGCCAUCCCAUGCAACUCGCUCUUAUGGCCAGGCUAUACUUUACUACAUUUAGCUGUAGUCUUAUCAAAGAACUUGGACACAAAAAAUAUUUACUUAUGUCUGAGGCAAGGUGUUGACAUUACGGUGAAAGAUGCCAAUGGUUUAACUGCGCUUGAACUUGCUUUUCAGAUAAAAAAGACAGGCCAUGUUAGUGCUAUUUUAGAAGCCUAUGCCGAUGAUUCUCACGAGAUAGACAAACAAAACAUAAAACUCUUUCAUAUAGCGUGUGCAUACAGAAAUGAGGUGGUAGUGAAAAAAUUUUUAUCCGCUGGAUUGGAUCCCGACACACCUUUACCAGAUGAUUUUAAAAUCUUUUUGAAAUCAUAUCAUGACCGUGAUCAGAAAGGACCUUCAAAUUUGGGCCGUACUUCUCUCCAGAAUGCAGUACAUGAUUUUUUAUCCAAAGAUUUGGCUAAAUUGCUCCUUGAGUUCAAAGCUGACCCUCACAUUGUUGAUGCUGAUGGUUUCACAUGGAUACAUCGGUCAUUCUUUGGUUUCAACUCUUACUAUGAUAAUCGAAAUUUAUUGCUGCCACAUAUCAAAGCAAAAAAAUCAAAUCUCAUAGCUCCUGGUGGAUUGUCUUAUCUACACAUAGCCUGUUACGCUGUACAUUUCAUCAGUGUAGGAGAUACACCGCUUCACUUUGCUGUCAAAGGUGGUAAUGAAAAAAAUGUCAUGUUUCUCUUGAGUAAUGGUGCAAAUGCAGAAGUAAAAAAUGCAAACGGCUUGACUCCAUUUUAUCUUUCCCUGAUUACUAGUAAUCAAGAUCAAAAUCAAAUAAUAAAGCAUUUACUAAAAAAGUUUAAUAAAAAUAAAACAUCAGAUGACGUAGGACUAACUAGGUUGCAUGUUGCCUGCGCUCUUCGAGAUAUACCAUUAAUGAAAAAACUAUUGAAAGAUGGAAAAGACAUUAACCACCAGAUUAAUUCUGAUUCGCCGAUAUGGCCUAGUUGUACUCCUACAGAUUUGAUCAAUAUGUAUAGGAAAUAUGAUGUGAAUGAUUCCGAUAGCAUUAGAGUGAUUGUCAAUCACGUCCUGAAAAUCAUUGAAGAUUCAGUAUUAGCUACUGAUUGGGAGUCACAAGCUUCAACGAAACGUCGAAAAGUAACUUUGUCAAAGAAGGAUAAUCGUACUAUCAACCCAAAACUAUUGUUAUUUGCUUUUCACUAUAGCUGCAUGGGAAGACACUUUGACAACGUGGAAAAGUUUAUAAAAUUUGGUGUUAACGUCAAUGCUCCCAAUAAUUACUUUGUACAUUGUGAUGCUGGUUUUACUCCAUUGCACUUUGCUGUUAAAUAUGGAACCACAAAUGUAAUUGAAGUGUUACUGCAACACGGAGCUGACAUUACUCUCGAGGACUCGCAUGGAUUCACUCCUUUGCAUCUUGCCGCGAAAUAUCAUCCUGAAAAACUCGAAGUAUUUUUAAGAUUUUGUAAAGCUGACUUUGAAAUGAAAAACACGUUCGGUCAGACACUGAUGGAUUUACUUUUAAAUAAUAAAAACACGUAUCGUAAACACUUUCUAGCUCUAUUAAAAAAUGACUUAGCACAGAGCAUUAACUUUGACACUAAAAUAUCUCUUGUGAAAACCUUGAUGCUAAUGUUUACUGGAGAUAAUCUCAAAUCUUUAAUUGAAUACAUCCCGAACAUAAACGCUGUGCAUAUGGAUGGUCGCAAUAUAAUCCAUUAUCUUCAUUUGUGUGGGGAUUCAUUUUGUUUGAUAUUUGACAAAUUUAUUAACAAUCUUGAAAUCCUUUUGGGAAGCGGUUGUGAGCUUGAUCAACAAGAUAUUAAUGGAUACACGCCGCUUCAUCUGGCGGUACAGAACAACAAAUUGCAAUACGUUAAAGCUCUGAUGAUGGUUGGAGCUGAUGUAAAUAUUUGCGACGUGAGUGGGAGACCAGCAUUUUGGUACUGCGAAGAUGAUGAUUUUGUAUUUGACGAAUUAAACGAUCAUAUUUGUAAAAUGAGUGAUGCUGGAUUACACGUUGAUCCUUUGAACAAAGCCCAUAGCGAACGUUUCGACAUCAAAGACACAGUAACGUUGUCAAAAAUGAAAAUGGAAAACAUUACCAAGUCAUUCACUCUACUCGAUAUUUUGACCGAUGAAAUGGUGAUGGAAUUUCCUCUGAUGCCUUUGCACCAGCGUCAAGCCAUUUUAGAGUAUCCUGACUCUAAUUACUUUCGCAGAAACUAUAAGAAAUGGGUGACUGUAUUUAAAAUGCAGAUAAGGAAAGCUUUGAAAAGGGAGAAUUUAUUCAAGCCUGCCAUUUUCUCGCUGCAACAUCUUCUAGACCCAAGAUUGCCUGUUCACUGUCUAGAGUUUAUCUUGAUACGUUUGAGUAAUGAUGAUUUGAAAAAUAUUGUGAUUGCGGAAAACGGUGAGUGA